AUGCCGCCCGUCAACCGCCGCCCGCCGCCGACCCCCUGCUCCCGUGUCGACGGCUAUCGCUACCGCGCGGGAUGUGGUCACCCCGGCCGGCCGGGAAGUGAGCGGAGGACGUGUCCUCGCUGUUCGGAAGCCGGCCACCCUGCGGCGAGCAGCGGCGCACGUUUUAUCGGGCGCGCGAGAUACGGGGCCCGCCGCGGACCGCCGCCGCCGCCGCCGGCGAGACGGCAGUGCGCCAUGCACCGCGGGGCCGUCGGCGUGCUGCUGGCGUGCGCGCUGUGCGCUGUCGCGGCGGCGCAGGCGGGUACACACGCGCGCAGGCCAGCGCAGGGGCGCGUGCCGGGCAUCCAGGCCCGCCGAGCCGCCGCCGCCGCGGAUGACGGAGGCGACGACGGGCAGGGGGCGCGGCAGAGGGUCCCCAAGGACAUCAUCCGCACCCCGCGCAUGUGCCCGCCCUACCACAAGAGGGACCGCGGCGGCGCUUGCAGGAGGAUGCUGGGCUGAGCGCGAGCCGUCACAGACCACAGGAAGAACCACGCGCCGCCUCCGACCGCCGCCUCUCCGCGGCGAGGUCUCGUCUGGCUCGAGUCAGAGAUCCUCCGGUCGGGCCACGCCCUCUUCACCGCCGACCCGCGGCUCUCUCUGCACCGACGGCGAGCGAGCGGAACUUCCCCGGCUGCGCAGAGACCUCCUCGACGCGCCGGUUCUCGGGCAAGC